AUGUCCUCCCUGAACCUCGCCAGGACACGAUCAACCAGCGCUGGGCGUGAUGGUCUCUCUUCUGCACGACCUGCUCGCCCGUCACUCCCCAGCAGAACAUACUCGGCCCCCGUUGGCAAGCUACACCUUCAGAGCAGCCGCUCAGGCCGGCAGGAUACCGCUGGAUUUUCGGCAAUCGCAGAGAACGAGGCGAUGAUGACGGGUCAGGCACCCGAAGAAAGCUCGGAGGAGGCCGCUACGUCUGGACAUCAGCUUCCUCAGGUGAAUUUGGCGGUGGUGGGCGCCCAGGGAGUGGGCAAGUCGACGUUCGUGAAAUGUGCGCUGGACCUGAAGCAGACGCCGUUGGUCAGGUCAUCGAUCAAGAAGAUGUCCAUGGAUGGGGCUAUAUACGUGGUUCGAUUGCUGGAAAUCGCCAUCCAUAAGAUCACCCUGGACGACCGCGGCCGCAUCAUCUGGCCCAAAUUUCUGGGCGAGCAGGCUCUGCCUCCCAUUGACGGGGUCCUCUGCCUGUUCGAUUCGACCGAUCUGCGGACCGUUUCCCAGUACCCACAGGUUCUAGAUGCUCUACGGAAGUCGACGAACAUCCCUUUCCUUGUGAUAGCAUGCAAAUGCGACGGGCCUCAGCACGAAUCCCAGCAUGACCCUUUAACCCUAGUGCAAGCAUGCCGGUCACUCCUAGGGUUAAAGGUGCAGAGAAUCUCGGCCAGCCUGCCAGAAUCCCACAAAAAAUGCAUCUCAACCAUUCUCCGAGCCAUCAUCAUGCGCAGUGCAGAUGUAGCUUCUUCCACAGAUCGCUUGCCACCUUCUUCCUCUCCAAACCUCACACCCUCUAGUACCCUUCUACCUCGCCAACCCGUCCCCCGCAAUCGACCUCACACUCGGGCGAGCUCCGAGAAUCCCAGGCCGUCGACCAGCGAUACCACGAGAUCCGACCGAUCUGGCGGAGGAGGAAACGCUGAGUCGUCCAGCACCUCGACCCUAGUACCUGGAGCCCACGGUUCGAGGUAUGCUCGCAGCAACUCCCAGCCCGUGCCGCCAAGAACACCGCCCGGGAGUACGAUAUCGAACCGCAGUACCUCAGAGACCAUCAUCGAAGAUUCACCGCCGGGAAAGACCAGGUAUCGGAAUCUGAGGACAACGUGGAGGCACAGCGCUGGCUCGGACGCCUUCAGCAGUUUCCUUGAUAUGGAUGAUGAGCUAGAAGACUCAAGAUCAGCCGGUAGCCCAUCAAGUCAGAACCAGUCAAAGGACAAGCAGGACGAUACCGGCUCAACACUCGAUGAACUAGUCGACAGGCUCCUUUCCUUGCCCUUGUCCAAACAAGAUGGAAAGUUCCCUCCCAUAUUUCUCUGUCUAUAUCGAAAAUUCGCCACACCUUUCCAAGUCCUCACUGCCAUAAUUGCUCGCUUCGAACAUAUCAACUGCAGUCGGUCACCACUGCUCACUCGUCACGCAGACCAACUCAGAUUUCUCAACGUCCUUGCACAAUGGGUUUCAGAGUAUCCAGGAGAUUUUGCCGGAGCCAAGUCCCGGAGACUGUUAACUAACUUCAUUACCUCGCUGGAGAAGAACAUCGUGUUCGCCUUUGCUGCAAAGGAGAUGAAUGCCUACCUCGACAAGUUCGUUGAAGAUGACGAUCUAUGCUGGGCAUACAACGAUGAGGAUUCCUUACCUGAACCCAGCGACUCGUUUAUGGAUACAUCUUACCAGGGCUCGUCGAAUCGUAUGUCUCAAUCGAUGGGUAACUUCAACGUUAGUGAGGUGGACCUGGACCAUUCAUCCCAAAACUCCAACUUGUCCACCACAUCCAGCGCAGACAGGGCAGGCAGUAUCUCGAGCCAAUCAUUCAAGACCUUGCUCAGCGUUGAGUCUGCUCAACAGGAAGCCCAAAAGCUCGAAAUAGUACCGCGAAACCUUCUCACAAAAACCCAAUGGCGCAUAUUUAUGGACAUCCCCGAUGAAGAAUUUGCCCGAGAAGUGACACGUAUGGAUUGGAUCAUGUACAGUUCCUUCCGGCCGCGCGAACUCAUUCGACAUGUCAGUUUAUCUGGCCCAAACAAAGGGAAAUCGGCUGCCUAUCUGGAGAAUGUCAAUAGGAUGAUCAAAUCAUUUAACCACCUUGCCUUCUUCGUUGCUAGCAUGGUAUUGCUUCGAGAUAAGGCAAAGCACAGGGCUCAAGCGCUGGAGAAGUUUAUGAAUAUAUCAUUGAAACUCCGCCAACUAAACAACUAUAAUGCGCUAGGCGCAGUUAUUGCAGGAUUAAACGGCACACCGGUUUCGAGGCUAUCACAAACUCGGGAACUAGUGCCUCCAACCCUGCAAAAGCAAUUUAUGAGUGUAGUGAUACUCAUGAGCACGCAAAAGAGUCAUUUUGCAUAUCGACUCGCGUGGGAAAAUUCCUUCAACGAAAGGAUACCAUUUCUACCCCUCCACCUUCGCGACCUGGUGUCAGCAGAGGAGGGUAAUAAGACCUUUGUUGGUGCAAACGGAGACCGAAUUAACUGGCGGAAAUUCGAAGUUAUGGGAGAUGUCAUCCUCUCCAUUCAACAGAGUCAGAAAACUUCAUUCCCUGCCUAUAACAAACACGAUAUUACGCAAUGGUUGAUCCUAGAAGCAAAAUUCGCAGGAGAUGAAGAGGAACUCUAUAGCCGGAGCAUGCAAGUGGAAGCAUCUGCCAGCGGCAUUCCAGAUCCAGGACGGAAACGGUUUGGCUGGAGACGAACUUGAACUGAUGAUUAUUAUGAUAGUAAUGUCCUUGAUACGAUCUAUUUCUUGUAAUAGAGUGUCAAUAUGGC